CCAGUCCGGAUUCUGUGGUCCUUAGAUUGAGUCAGUAGGUCGUGUCAGUUAGAGGAGUAGAUACGAGGAGUGGUAUGACUACCAAUCCUUACACAAUAGAACAGGAGGCGAAAGCCACCGCCCUCCUGAAAGAGAGAUGAGAGAAGGAGGCCAAGAAGAAGGCCCUGAUGGAGGAACAGGCGGCGAAGUUGAAGAAGAUUGAGGAGGAGAUGGCCAGAGAAAAAGAGAGGCUAAAGAGAGAAGAAGAAGAGAAGCUCAAGGCGGUAGAAGAGGAGGAAGAGGUAGAAGAACAGCCACUGGAAAGGCGAAGGGCAGGAGGAAGAGGAGAAUCCAGGGGUACAAAAGAAGAUAAGAUGGAGAAGAAAAUCACAGAGUGGGUUGCUGGUCUAUCCCUGGCAGAAGAAGUGGAGGCACUAAUGUAUGUUCCCAGGGAAGAACAAGAGGCGACCAUGAGAGAGUGGGAUGCAGAAGAAGACCCACUCAAGCGGCGGGCCAUAGAAGAUGAGAAGAGGAUGGAGUGGAAGUUUCGACUGACGAGGGAGAGGAAAAGGAGAAUGGGGGCGGCGAGCCAGGCGGCGAAAGGAUUGGAGGAGGUGAAGAAACAAAGAGAGCAGAUGGCGACGCAGGUGGAUCUAUUGGGGAAUAUGGAGAUAAUGGCGAGGAACAUAGAGCACCUGGCACCGGUCCAGGAAAAACAAUACUUGUUUGGUAGAGGUCAGGACAUUGCUGUACGCUCUAUACGGCUGGGGCUCCGGGAUUUCGCCAGGGAAUUGGCGACGCAGGUGGGCUCAGAGAGUCGGGAUCCUAGCAAACAGUCAGGCUACAACGACGAGAGGGACUCCCAAGCAAUGGGAGAAGAAGGGGAGAAGGAGGAGGAGAGCGAAGAGGAAGAGGAGGAUGACGACGGAGAAUGGGCGGAUGAGGAAGAUGAAGACCAAGACGCGCUAGACUGGUGGGUAAGGUGUGUCCAGCUGUUGGCAGGAGAGCGCAGGGUGGAAUGCGAGGGCUCAGCAGAUCUCUGCUCCUGGUUUCUCCGCUACCCUGUAGGGAAUGGUCGGCGGAGUUGGGGAGGCAGCUAUAGCUGCAAGUUGCCUGGCAAGGAAUGCUGUGCUGAUGCAGAGUCCUUUGCAUUCAAAGCUCUGAUAUCCACUGGAGGACACGGCUCAGAUCAGUUGAUGGGUCAUGAAAGACACCCCCCCAUGGGAGGGGCAAUCCCUGCCAGUCACAGAGGAAUAAGCUGCUCUCUGAGAGAGAAGAGUGAAGAAAGCUGCUUUGCAGCUCUCAAUACUCAACUCUGUGGGAAUAACCGGUCAUGCACCCUUAGGCCCUCUGCAGCAAUGGAGAGGAUGCCUGAGGGACGGUACAGGAGACCUUGUUGUGGGGAAAGAGAGCUUAAGGCGGUGGCGAAAGAUGGGCUUGUAACAGUGAUGGCAGGUGGGGAUGUGGCAGCUGAGGCCCAGGAUUUAGUCCGUGUUCAGCGAAGAAGCAUUUUGCUCUCUGGUGCAUUAGUUGCGGGGGUUGUUUCAUCAUUUCCUAGUUGCUGCGAUGCUGAUGACAAAAGCGCAUUGUCUUUGGUGAAGCAACCUCCAUCAGCAUUAAACACAGAAGAAUCUGUUUCCACUGAAAGGGACGUUGCCAGUAGCAGUGGCAGUGGGCCCACUGAAAGAGGAGGUAGGUGGUUGGUUAUCAGAAGCAAGGAGUACUCAGUCUCUCUGCCUCCAGGUUUUGAAGAUGUUCUACAGGAAGAGGAAGCACCCACUUUGCCACGCAGCACCCUGACAGGUGGUGGAGGCAGUUCCAAUGGGGGGGGAGGUGCCACGCUGCUUCUCCGCUUCAGCUCAACGCUGAUGCCUGCAACGAUCAGUUUGGUAAAACGCCAGGUAGCUGGUAUGCGACUCACAUUUUUUCAAGCGAAUGACAUAGGAGAUCUGGGGACCGUUGCUGGUGUUGCAGAUCUGUUUGUUCCGCCUGGUGCCAAGCUGCUCUCUUUAUCUUCCUCUACCUCUUCAGCCUCCUCCGUUGACCGCAGCAAUGGUGAGCAACCAGCAGACGACAAGCCUCAACGGAAUUACUACCAGUAUGAGUUCCUCCAUCGCAGGCAGCAUGUGGCACUGAGGGCUGCCGUCAACAGAGGGCAGGUGUAUGUGCUUGGAGGGACAACUCCUCAGGAGAACUGGAUGGCUGUUAGUGAACAGAUGAGGGGAGCGCUGGAUUCUUUUCGACUAGGGUAACACCAUGGCAUCAUGGCAUGAUUAAAUAAUGAAUUCAUCAUUAUUAGAUAUAGUUAUCAUGGUUCUGUUUAUUCUCUUCUUUCUGCCGAGUAUGCCCUUACUGGUCUGGGGAGCUUCUGUAGACGUGGGGGAGUAGAAGUGGAGGUGUGGUUGUAUUGGAUAUGGAACUAUGGCGUCCAGCCUUGUCUGCUUGUCAUGGUUCAAGAGGGAUCCCAUUUCGUCAAGGAGUUAAGAUUACUCUUGCCUUUCUCGCUACUAUUCACUUCCUCAUUUUGUGGUGUUUUCCAGCGGCAGAGCUCCACGUUCCUUCUUUCGUAGUGGUACAAAACUGCAAAUGCAGUUACUUAGCAGGCCAAGGUUAGAAGGGGCCUGUAAACCCGAGAAAGGCCGUUGGUUGUGUGAUUUGCAAGAAUUGAGGCACAGGUGUUGCGGGCUUCCGAUAUCUGUCUGAAGGUUGGAUGUCCCAGCUUCUGUAGGUUGAGAGAUUUGUACAGCAAAGAAGAGAGCAGCUGAAUUGGAAUGUUCCCACGAGUCGCUGUUUCCUCAAUCCUAGUGGGUGUCGUUGUGGAUGCGUAUCUGGAAAUGGAGGGGCUGAAACAGAUGAAAGGAUGUGAAAGGCAGAGCUUAUGUAUGUCUCUGUGUGUGUGCACUUACAUGUCUACUUGUGUGCGUGUGUGUUGUCAUGUUCGCUAUGCACAACUCCACAAAAAAAGCAUGGCUGUGCAUGCCAGACUCUGUCUGUGUGUGUCUUGUCAUGUUUGCUAUACACGACUCCAGCAAAGAAAGCAUGGCUGUGUGUCUGUGUGUGUGUGUCAUUUUGGCUAUACACAACUCCACAAAGAAAGCAUGGCGACCAUUACUCCAGAAGGAAGCAUGCAUCUGAGUGAGUGAACGAACAAUCCUUAAAAGUAAUAUGCAGGUCCACUUGACAUACAAACGAUAGAAAAAAAAUACGAGUAUCAAACCGAACGGCAGACAAACGACAUCUGACGACAAGCAACAGGGAGGGACACAGGCUGGACGGUAGACGGGAGGUGGGUGGGCAGACAAACGGCACAAGGCACGAAACAGAGACCAAAAGGAAAAAGUACUAGACUGAGCAGCAGACUAACGACAGUGAAGCAAAGAGCAUGCUGCAACAAGACAUCGGACAAGAAAUGACAUCAAGGGACAUAGGCUGAAGGGUAAAGGGGCGAAGGAUGGGCAGACAAUCAGCACAAGGCAAGAAACAAAGACUGAAAAAAAAACAAAAGCUGAUGAUGAAAGAUUGUUUCUUUGGAGUUGUACCGACUCAUCAAGAGGCUGAACCCUCGACAAUCUGCCUAUGUAUUGAUGGUUUGGUUGAUGAACCCUUUGACCCAUGUUGAAGGCAGAUUGUCCCGAUGUGGAACACAGCAGCGGGCAGCAACUCAGUGAAGCACCACGCAAUGCUACCGAGGCAACACGACUGUACAACGCCAAAAACAACUUCAAGGAACAAUAGGGCAAGUGGACGAGCAGCACGACAACCACACGGCAGAGUCAAACUACAAGCACGCGAGGAAAGGACGCAGAAUGGGCAGCCAGGCAGCAGAGCAGCAAAGCGCAAUGUAGCACUAUGACCACAGCCACACCGCGCAUUGAACACAGCAGCUUCCCAAGAAACGACAUGCGACGCAAGCGGUACAGGCAGCAAGGCAGCGGUGGAGUGCAGACAAGGCAGUCUACAAAUCCAACAUGGAACAAAGCGGCACAUCACCU